GGGAUAUCGCCCUGACAGAUAUUUUAAAUACUUUCCGCCAUUGCUUCGGAACCCGGAAGAUCUCCAUGUUUUGAGCACUGCGCGCUAGAGAAGGGCUUGUCUGAACUCCGCGUCCCAGUGCAUCCAAAGCUCCCAAUUCGAUACCUAACUCUACAGCCAGUACGGAGUAUUAGUAUUGACUACUAAUUCCCAGGGUAGAAAAGUUUGCGUUGGAGCAAAUAAUUGACUUUUCAACAGUACCAGGGAGACAGUUACACGCACGCUUCGCUCCUUACCUAUCCCGAGAGGCAUAAGUAUCGGUUAGGCGGCAUGUCUCACAAACUAAUUCUUUCUCCAAUUGUCCUGGUGCUGGUUCUCUUGGCUCCAACUAUAUGGAGCCAACAGCUUGAAGGCUAUAUACUACCAUUUGAAGAGCUGGGGUUGAGUGCUUCCUGCUUUGUUGCUCUCAACACCACAUUGAGCUCAUGCCCUGCUUGGCUCGGGAGUUAUUCCGGCAUGGCGCAGGCGAGUUUUGAAAUACUUCCAAAGGAGCAACUCGAACUUCUCUGCGGAACUUCGUGUCGCAAGGAUCUGGACAAUCUUCGAAAUUCGAUUAUGGACGCGUGCAAAGGCCCAAGUGAUGUGAUUGUUCCUGGUGGAAGCAUAGCAUACCCAGCAACCUAUCUCGUGGACCGGUUUCUCUAUGCCGCCAGCCUAUCCUGUCUGGAGGACCGAUCAACGGGCCAGUACUGUGACCUCAUUGCCGCCAGUUGGAACGGGACCUCCGCGCCGGCUCGGGAUUGUUCGUUUUGUGAACUUGGCCUGCAAAAGCUUCAACUCUCAUCACCCUUUGGUUAUUCCGAAGAGGGAGCAGCAGACUUCUCAUCCCUAACAUCAAGUUGUAACGCUGAUGGUUACGACUAUUCUACCCCUGCAUCGUAUGCUCUCAACUCAACAACAGCUCCACCAGCACCAACCUGUGCUAAGCAAUACGUAAUCAAGGAGGGCGACACUUGUGUGACGAUUUCUCGAGAUAAUAAUGUCUCGACAUAUAGGCUGAUUAUAGAGAAUUCCAUCGAUAUCAACUGUAGUCUCUUGCCCGCAGCAGGAAAGUCCCUUUGCUUACCAAGGGAAUGCGAAACCCGCCAAUUACAACUGGCUGACACAUGCCAGACAUUGGUGCGCGACUUGAACAUAACAAUGGCACAACUCCUAGCCUGGAAUCCUCAUAUCAACAGCGGUUGCUCUAAUCUGGCUGCAUAUACCGGCUGGUAUUUCUGUGCAAGUUCCCCAACGCCAACCGUUCCAGUGAGAGAAGGGGGGAAUAUGAUUACAGCAGUGCCAGUGCCCCCCAACGCCCAAGGACAAUCAAACACCAACUGCAACCGUUGGUAUAUGAUCGAAGAUGGCGAUUAUUGCUCCAUGAUUUCGCUGAGGUUUGGCAUAUCCCUCAAGGACUUUUAUUUCCUUAACCCCCAGGUUGACGACAACUGCACCAACCUAUGGAGAAAUACGUCGUACUGUGUGCAACCUGUCGGAAACAUUGCAACAUAUAGUGGAUAUCCCGUUGAAGCACCUUCAGCCACAUUCACCCACCCUCCUGCAGAGUCGUUUGUUCCAAGCCCAAUCGAAUUCCCUCCGCUGAAGCCUGCAGCGCCAGGAACGCUCAAGGAUUGCCUCAUAUACGAAGACGCCUUCAGCGAACACGCAGGGUUCGGCGAUGACUUGAAGACGAUGAACCGCUGUCAAAACUGGGCAUGGGUGGCUGACGUGACAGUCGAUGACUUGCUAGAGUGGAACCCAAGUCUUUCACGGGAGGAUUGCUUUUUCCAGGUUGAAUAUAGCUACUGUAUUCGACUCUGGGAGCAACGACCCAUCUAUACCGGCCCACAAGACCAUUGUAUGGCGCCAAAUACAAAUUUAAUACCGCCGACAUCUGUCCAGCCAUCGGACUGUGAUUGCUAUGUCCAGUUUCGAGCAGCUGAUAAGGCAAUCUUCAAAUGCUCGAUGUUCUCCGAUUUGUUCGGUGUCGAUGUAGCAAGAGUUGCGUCUCUUAACCCCUGGAUCGGCUCAGACUGCGACACGGGCCUGUGGAGUGAGCUGUCACCGGAUGGCUUCGUUCAACUUUGCGUAGGCAAACACAGUUCCCCUUCGCCACCGGCUUGAGCACUGAGGACAGAAAUUGAGCCGGACUAUUUAUAAUUGCGCUCUACGAGGAAGGGCAGGCUGGACUUUGAGGGGGAGUCUAUCAAUUUGAACUAAAAUGAGGACGUUGAGUAGACUAAGAUGAUGUAUGGGUUAUCCUGAGCAAACAUACUGUGUGGACCUUGUAGUACUCCGUAUGCAAAACUAAUCACUUCAACCUUUUAAGUUCGAAUGGACUUUUACAGAGUAUGACGUGGAUUAAAAGUACUUGAACUUUCUAACUAUCUUACAAUCGAUUCCACUGUUAUAUAAAUU